AUGAAAACACCCUAUAGGAGUAGGGACAAGAGAAAAUAUUGCCACUUUCAUAAAGAUUGUGGCCAUGAAACAAAUGAAUGUAAACAUUUGAUGAGAGCUCUGGAUGAUUUGGCUCGCAAAUGGAAGAUGAAUGCAUACUUGCUUCAAGGCGGAAGAAAGUUUCAGAAAAGAGAUGACCGUCAAAGCAAGAAAAAAGAAAGUGAAAGUACUGACGAAGAUGUGGUACUUGUCAUAUCGGGAGGUUUUGCAGCUGGAGGUCCAACCAACCGGCGACAUAAAAAUUACCUAAGGGAACUCAGCCAGAUCAUGCUUACCAAUCAAGUAGAGUCUUACCCUUUUCCUAAGGUAGUCAUCAGUGAGCUAGAUCGUGGGAAAUUGAGAACCCCUCAUGACGAUCUGCUGGUUGUGGAGAUUAAAAUUUCCAAUUUAAGGGUAAAAAAAAUCUUAAUUGGUACCGCGAGUUCGACAGAUAUCAUAAGUGUGGACUGUUAG